AUGAUGUUUUAUCCUCGUUACAGUGAGGAGCUGGUGCGCAAUAUCGAGGCGCUGGAGGAGAAUGGAGUGGAGGAGAUGAGGGCGAUGGUCAACCUGGGGGGAGAGGUGUUCGUGCAGGCAGACGUCCCGGACACGUCGCACAUAUUCGUGGCAGUGGGGCUGGGCUUCCACGUGGAGUUCACCCGCCUUGACUCUGAGGGCUCUGUUAUCAUGUUGACCCUGCCGGACACGUCACACAUAUUCGUGGCAGUGGGGCUGGGCUUCCACGUGGAGUUCACCCGCCUUGAAGCCAAGGAGUUUGCCGCCUCCAAGAUCGGGCACUUGAGAAACCCCCAAACCCCAUUGCUUAUAGUGGAAAGAACUAGUAACCCCCUGCCAUCCCCCUCCCCACUUACUCAGUUCCCCUCCCCACUUACUCAGUUCCCCUCCCCACUUACUCAGUUCCCCUCCCCACUUACUCAGUUCCCCUCCCCAUACCCGUUCCUCCCUUGA